GUCUAGUUGGUUAGGAUGAUACGUUGUGGUUCUUCUAUACAGCGAUCCGUGUUGACGGCGGUUCGAAUCCGCCUCUGGGCACGAAUUCUUUUGUUUCCUGUUUUGCUGUUCGUAGAUGAAGGAUUUCAGCCUAAUUUGAGUCUUUGUCGUGGUUUUUGUUGGGGUUGUGAAGGUUCUGAAGAUCCUGGAACGCCGUCCGAUGGAGCCGGCCUCGGACGCGGAGCCGAAUGUGGAUACUUGCGCCGGUGUCUUCGCACAGGGCAUGCUAAUUGAAGCCUUGUGAGAUAUACUCUACUCAA